AUGUCGUCAAAUGGCUCGUUCACGCACCUCCCCGGCCGAGACUCUGCAUGGUAUUACCCGUCGGUGCCUUCUCUCUUCGGCCGUGGAGACCAUCGUGGACAACAUUGCAGGCAUGCUGGCUGUCAGACAAUACUGUUCGGUACAGAUUCUUUUUGCAACUUACAUGGUAAAGCUGGGGAUGCCGUUGGCGAAGCUCUGGGAAACCUUCCAGGUCCAGAUAAUCCUACUGCGCCUACAUCAAGGCCAGCCACGUAUGAACGGGAUGUGCGACACCAGGCCGGCGCUCCUCCUUCCAGUAGCCAGUUUACCAAUGGCAUGCAUGAGAUGUCCCAUAGAAUCCCUCACCAGGACCAGCGCCCGAUGGAUGUAAAUGCUACUCGAACUAUACCGUCCACCACCAAGACUGGGAAAAGUCUCAGCGCCAAGAAGACGGCAAGGAAGUCCACGCAGCAUCCACGGAAGUCAAACGCGGCUGCAGCUGUUGGUCAGUCUAUCACGGUCGCAACGUCACCAGCUCCUAAUGGGAUCGAGAAUGUGCCGGUUAGCAACAGCGAGAAAGAUGCAGAGCCGCUGCCCAAGAGGCAGAAAAUGUCAAAUGCUGCGAACGUCAACCAUGAUGCUCGUCACGAACGGCCACUGGUGACAAGAUGGCCAGAGCCCUCAAGUGUGCCAAAUGGCGACCUAUCAGGACAGAAUGUUAAAUCUAAUGGAGACCAUUUUUCGGGGCCGGAUGAUGCUGGGAGACGACUCGAGCACAAUCAUGGUACUAAUGGUACGAGGCACCCAAGAGAAGGCUUACAGGGAGCAAUGGAGUCAUCCACCCAGCACCAGUCGGAAAACGUGACCGUGUUCGAACGGCCACAAAAGCUAGGUGUGCACGAUGAUGUGGCCAGAAUGCAGACGACGAGCUCAGAGAAGGUGCACCGCGACGAUGGACCCCGCUCUGCAGCUGAGAUGCCUGUGAGGCCACAGCUGUCGCAAACGCAGAGUAGAGGCUCUCUAGGUCCUCAUAACAAUGAGCACUCUCCCAAUACGACUCCAUUUAGUGACCCUAGCAAGCACACCGCAUUAUUUGCAGAAAAUUCUCGUCCGUCGAGUUAUGUGCGUUCAGCGCCACCUCAUCCAUCCGUCUCUAACACAUUCGGUCAGUCGCAACAGCGCCAGCAAUUGCCUCAACCGUCUCAGGCGGCGCAUGUAGGAGAGGCGCAUUCAACCCGACCGUCAAAGCCACAGGACAUACACCCAAUCCAACCCAAAAUCAAUGGAUGUCUAGGCGAUAACGGUGGUCAUUGUCCCGGUAACUCGGAAACGCAACAUUUUCCAGGCGUGCAGGAGUCCGUUGCUGCUCGUCAGAACUUGCCAACAUCUGCGGCGACAAACGACAGUGCAAGGCCUCCUUCGGACGUUGCUUCGACACGUGUCGAAGCACCUUCGCAUCGGCUUCAACAAGCGCCUACCUCCGAAAGAUCAACUCGCAUGGAUGCUCCAGACUGGCUUCAAAGAGCAGCAGCCGUUACACUAUUACCCCAAACGCAGAUCCAAACUCGGACCAUGGAUCCGCCGCCAGCAUCGAGCAAUUCCGCUUCGAGUGUCUCCCCACAAAAAUCGCCCUGGUUGCAAAAUUGGAAGCAUCGAAAUUCUCGAGGUGAUACUGUUAAUUUCCCGGAUUUCCCUUCCCCAGGGUCCCAAGGGCGUGUUCUGGUUGAGUCUCAGACCAAAAAGUUAUUCACACCGACAAACGAACCCCGCGGUCAGGUGGGUGGCCAGAGCCGCCCUCCCAACAGACGUCCUGGAUGGUCAGCGCCUAAUGCUGACACGGAAAUUAUUGAUUUGACACUUGAUGACACAGAUAAGCCCCAUGCAUCUCAAGCCCCGAGAGGCCCAAACGACGUUACCAGGGGUCUGCAUGAAAAGCUUCAGUCGCCAUAUGAUUGCCCGCCUGCCAGACUAGACAAGAAGCGCGCCUCUCCGCAUACUGAAACGCAGCAGAGAUCCCCAAGUAUAAGCACGAAAAUUUCAUCCGGGAGGCCCCCGGUCUCCUAUGACGUUGGGAAUCGGCGCUCCAACAAUAAAGAGCCUAACCUUGAGCCAUACCCAUCGGGACUCAACGAUUUCAACAAGCAAGCAGUCGACGCUAAGAGCUCGGACCAUAGCAUUGGAUCGGACGAGAUACUCGUUCCGCGCCGGCGAAGGGGUCGGCCGCCAUUGGCCAAAGUUCGUGAUGGCUCAAGUGAAAACCGGAGCCAUUCAUCCAAGGGUUCAAAUAGAACGGAGGGCCCUUCCAGCUCUAGCAUGGCGGCUGUGGGCUCUAUAUGGAUACCGUGGGAACAUGGCAAUGGUCCAGUUCCUCCUACGAAUUCUACUUCUACACAGUCCAGUAAGACCUUGAGCCAACCAUCGCUUCCUAUAACGCCAAAUGGAACCGUUCAGUCGAAUUUCCAAUCAUCAACCAAUCAGGGGAGGUCUAUGAUCGGGGAGCUGAACCAGUCGUUCGAGUUUGGGAACCGAGGAUCAGGCCCUGCUCAGCCGGAUCGCGAGGGUAUGGAUCCCAGAUUGAAUCUGACAGGACACCAUAGUGCUCAAAUUCCCACCAAUUCCACUCAACCCCAGGCGAGCAAAACCUUAAGCCAACUGUUGCUUCCCUCACAGCGAUAUCCGGAUGCGCAAUUGCAUCAUUUGUCGUCGAACCCGGCGACUUCUGGAAAUGGGACACCGGGGAACUCAGCUCAUGACCCGAAGGGACUGUUGGGCAAAUCAACUUCCCCAGAGUAUCACAUGAAUCAGGUUCCUAGCAACUCCACUCCUACUUACCCUGGCAAGUUUUCGAGUCAAUCAUCGCUUCCCUUCCAGCAAACAGAAAAUGUGCUGCCCCAAUCUCUGUCGUUGACCGGCUCAGCCAAUGGCACCAGCGGGCAGGAGUCCAACAAUGAGUCUACUAAUGUGGAGGAUCGACAGCCUCGACAGCUGACCCUUGCUCAGCGGCGCUUAGCGAUUAGAAAAUCCACUUUUGUUCUCUAUAGUGAUGAGAGACUGGACAACUAUAUAUACGGCAGUGUCAACCGACAGAACCGCCCUGGAGAAGUUGCCUCUAGUCUCUCAGCACGCCCCUUUCUUGAACCUCAGGUUCACACGGGACACUGGCGGCACUUUGACCCACGCAUCCACUGGACUUGGGAGCGAUCUUCAGAAUGGUACCAGGCAAAGAUGGCAGAGAUAGCAGCACGAGGAAAUCGCAAGUCAGUAACUCGAUGCGGCCGCGCUGCACUGGGGUUAGCCAAACGCUUAGCGGAGAAGAAGGCACAAACCGUCGAGUUUCCAGAAAGAGUCCGAAAUAACCCAGAGUGGCUGGCAGCGAUCAGGGAAAUGGACGAAAUCGCGGACGAAUAUCACAGUGAGCAGCAAUCGAAUACCAGUAGGAAAGACAAGGGAGGUGGGAAAGGGAAGGGGAAUGUCAAGGAAGCGAUUAUACCCGAUAGCUAUAAUGAUGAGGAUAUGCUUUAUUAA